AUGGCUGAGCUUCCUAAAGAGCGCGUAGAAGUCUCUGCUCCUUUCACAUACUGUGGCAUCGACUGCUUCGGCCCAUUCAUCACCAAGAAAGCCCGCAAAGAACAAAAGCGUUAUGGCUUAAUCUUCACUUGCCUCGCUUCUCGAUCUGUACACAUAGAGAUGCUUGAGGACUUAUCCACAGAUGCAUUUAUUAACGCCUUAAGAUGCUUCAUCAGUCUCAGAGGAGCCGUCCGUCAACUCCAUUGCGAUCAUGGAACCAAUUUUGUAGGAGCAAGAAAUGAGUUCAAAGAAGCACUGAAGCAAUGUGACAUCAAAACCAUCGAGAGUUUCCUCACAGAAAGGCAAUGUGAGUUUAUCUUUAACGCUCCCUCAGCAAGUCACGCUGGCGGCGUCUGGGAGCGCCAGAUUCGGACAGUUCGUAGUGUCCUAAACGCCACACACUGUCAAUACUCAGGCAGACUCGACAACUCUUCCCUGCGAACUCUGUUUUAUGAAGCUAUGGCCAUUACUGAAGCAAUAAUGAGAACCUUUCUUUCAGGGGUUAUUUGUGUGACUCUGCUGAUUCUCUCCAGCUUUGUGGAAUCUCAAUCAGAGAGAUUCCAGGUGGUUGGUCCAGAAGCUCCUCUUGUUGCUGUAGCUGGUGAAGAUCUGGUUCUGCCCUGUUUUCUCAAACCCAGCACCAGCGCUGUGGACAUGACAGUGGAAUGGUUGAGACUAGAGAAAGUGACUUCAUUAGUCCAUUUCUAUCAGGAUCAUGAAGAGAGAAAUGAAAAGCAGGCUCAGCCCUACAGAGGAAGAACAUCACUAUUUAAAGAGGAGCUACAGAAAGGCAACGCUUCACUCAAACUCUCACCUCUCCGAGUCUCUGAUGAAGGAAGCUAUAAGUGUCUUGUUGAGGACAAAUUGUGGUAUGAUGACAUCACUGUUCACAUCACUGUCGAGGCUCAGGGAAGCCACCCAGUGAUCAUGAUGGAGAGUUAUGAUCACUCAGGAGGGAUUAAUCUAGUGUGUGAAUCCAGAGGCUGGAAACCUGAACCUGAGGUUGUGUGGCUGGACAGAGAAGGAGCCGUUCUGCCUGCUGAAGAUACACAGACACACAGAGACACUGAGGGCUUCAGUGUGAAAAGCCACAUCACUGUUUAUGAUUAUAGUGACUCCAACAGAUAUUAUUGCAGACUUCUACAAAAACAUCACAUGAUGGAGACAGAGGUCAUCAUUAAUCGUAAAGUCUUUGAUACUUGGAGGUGGGUUGUCGGUGUUUCAGUUUCAGCAUGUCUUAUUGCUGUCGGAUUGAUAGUAACUGCAGUUAUCUGUUACAAGAAAGAGUUGCAGAGAAAGAGAUCAGAAGAAGAGCGAGAUGAGCUUCAAGAUGAGAAGAGAUUCACAGAUCACCAGACGGUGUCCUAG